GCACCCACUGCUUUUACCCUCCAGAAUCUUUGGAUAGUAUUCGUUUUUUGGAGUCAUCGUUGGUGUUGCAGUGUGCUGCUGGAUGCGUUGAGUGAAUUGUUUUCUUGUGCUGUGGGGUUAAGAAAAACGGUCUAGCGAUGAUGUUCAGAAACCAAUACGACAGUGAUGUCACUGUCUGGAGUCCUCAAGGUCGUUUACAUCAAGUGGAAUAUGCUAUGGAAGCUGUGAAACUGGGCUCAGCUACAGUAGGAUUAAAAAAUAGAACACAUGCUGUGCUUAUUGCUCUGAAACGAGCAUCAUCUGAACUCUCUGCUCAUCAGAAAAAGAUUAUUCCAAUCGAUUCUCAUGUUGGCAUUUCGAUAGCUGGUUUGACAGCAGAUGCUAGAAUUCUCAGUCGUUAUAUGAGAAAUGAAUGUCUAAAUCAUAAAUAUUCACAUGAUGCCUUACUCGCCAUCAGUCGUCUCAUUGCAAACAUAGGUAACAAGAUGCAAGUAUGCACCCAACGCUAUGAUCGACGACCGUAUGGAGUGGGUCUUCUUGUUGCUGGUUAUGACGAUCAAGGACCACAUAUCUAUCAGACAUGCCCAUCUGCAAAUUUCUUUGACUGCAAGGCUAUGGCAAUAGGUUCACGAUCCCAGAGCGCUCGUACGUAUUUAGAGAAACAUUUGGAUGAAUUUCUGGAAUGUGACAAUGAUGAACUUAUUAAACAUGGAUUACGUGCUCUCAGGGACACACUGCCAAAUGAGGUAGAACUGAACAACAAGAAUGUUUCAAUAGCACUUGUCGGCAAAGGUACCGACUUCACAGUUUUCAGUGAAGAAGAGACUGGGCGUUAUCUUGCCAUGAUUGAAGGUGAGGAGAGACGUACGGGGCAGCCACCGCCAGAGGAGCAGCCAGCACCGAGUGGUGACACAGGACCUGCACCUGAUCCAGACCCUCAACCUGCUGUAGCAAUGGACACUGAAUAAGCUUUCAGCUGUUGUUUGAUGUAUGCAUUUACAGCAGUAAUAUUGUGGAGUGAAAGUGUUAUCCAUAAGGCCAUAGCUAAAGUGAGAAUGUGGAUGCUACAGUCUGUAUACUCAGGAACUAUAAUUUUAACUAAAAUUUUGGAGUACUGUCUCCGGUGGUUUACUCUGUUAACUUAUGUCUCCCUUAGUUAAUGUUUUUAUCUAUGCAUUUUGUGGUAUUUAUGUUUUGUGUGUGAUAUUUAAGCCCAUGUCAUAUCAAAUUUACUGAUUUUGCAAAUGCUUAAAGUAAGUAUUUUAGUUUUUUUGCAGAUACUUUUUGUAAAUUUUCAAAUAAUGUUUUAUGACACAGUACCAUUCUGAGUUGCACACAUGACUGCUAGCAAUGGCUGUUUCACUGCAAAGAUUGAACUGUUCGUGAAGUCCUCUGUAUUACUGCAAUGUAAUAAACCAGUUGUAUUUUUCA